UCGUGGCAAACGAUCAUCAUUCGAUAUCACAGCCGUCUGCUUGUUACAUCGUAAAGCACAGCAGUCAUAUCUCCACCCAAAACUAAUCAUGUGGUUCACAAACCUUACAUUGGCAUGAUUGGUGAGCAGCAAAUUUACCCUUAAUUCUUUUGAAGACGUACUGGGUAAUAAAACACAUUCUCUAUAUGAAAUUAUUCUCUGUGCCGAAUUUUGGUCACUCUUUAACAAUUUAGGGCAAGUUUUCCACUUUCAACUUUACCAUGUUUACCAAUCAUGCCAAUGUGAGGUUUGUGAAACAUUAUACAAAAUGGCAAAGGUGAUAAAAAUGCAUCAUGGUCAAAUCUAUUCGUGAAAUUCAAUUUGACCAUUAGCUUUGUAAUGACGCACCUUUGAAUUCAGGAUUAGUGCCUUCCUCUAGAAUAUAGUUAUCUGUAUAAUUUAAAUUAAAAAGGAGGGAAUGAUGUUAUGGCUACUCAAUGACCACUUGGGCCACAUUAGACAGUGGUGAGGUAUUUGGCACAAUUUUUUACUCAAGCGUGAAUGUAUCUCAGUUCACAUCGGCCAAGCCGGAGUCCAGAUCGGUAAUGCCUGCUGGGAGUUGUACUGUCUUGAGCAUGGCAUCCAGCCUGAUGGUCAGAUGCCCUCAGACAAGACCAUCGGAGGUGGUGAUGACUCCUUCAACACCUUCUUUAGUGAGACUGGAGCCGGCAAGCACGUGCCCCGUGCCGUCUUCGUCGAUCUCGAGCCAACCGUAGUCGAUGAGGUCCGUACCGGAACUUACCGCCAGCUCUUUCAUCCUGAGCAGCUGAUCACCGGUAAGGAGGAUGCUGCCAACAACUACGCUCGUGGCCACUACACGGUUGGAAAAGAAAUCAUCGAUAUUGUCCUCGACAGGAUCAGGAAACUGGCUGAUCAAUGCACGGGUCUACAGGGUUUCCUUCUCUUUCACAGCUUCGGUGGUGGCACCGGGUCAGGGUUCUCUUCAUUGCUAAUGGAGCGUCUCUCUGUUGACUAUGGAAAGAAGUCCAAGCUGGAGUUUGCCAUUUACCCAGCUCCUCAGGUUUCAACCGCAGUUGUUGAACCCUACAACUCCAUCUUGACUACCCACACUACCCUGGAGCACUCUGACUGUGCCUUUAUGGUCGACAACGAGGCUAUCUACGAUAUCUGCCGUCGCAACCUCGACAUCGAACGUCCAACCUACACCAACCUGAAUCGCUUGAUGGGCCAGAUUGUCUCCUCCAUCACUGCAUCUCUGCGGUUCGAUGGUGCCCUCAACGUUGAUUUGACAGAGUUCCAGACCAAUCUCGUACCCUACCCACGCAUCCAUUUCCCUUUGGCAACCUAUGCCCCAGUAAUCUCUGCCGAGAAGGCUUACCAUGAGCAGUUGACUGUUGCUGAGAUCACCAAUGCAUGUUUCGAGCCCGCCAACCAGAUGGUGAAGUGCGACCCCCGCCACGGCAAGUACAUGGCCUGCUGUCUCCUGUACCGUGGUGAUGUUGUCCCCAAGGAUGUCAACGCCGCAAUCGCUACCAUCAAGACAAAGCGUACCAUCCAGUUCGUCGACUGGUGUCCAACUGGCUUUAAGGUCGGUAUCAACUAUCAACCUCCCACAGUUGUCCCUGGUGGUGAUCUUGCCAAGGUCCAGCGUGCGGUCUGCAUGUUGAGCAACACCACCGCUAUCGCAGAGGCAUGGGCUCGUCUCGACCAUAAGUUCGAUCUGAUGUACGCCAAGCGUGCUUUCGUCCAUUGGUACGUCGGAGAGGGUAUGGAAGAAGGAGAAUUCUCUGAGGCUCGUGAAGAUUUGGCUGCUCUCGAGAAGGACUACGAAGAAGUCGGUGUCGACUCCGUCGAUGAAGAGGGAGAAGAAGAAGGAGAGGAAUACUAAAAAGAUUACCAAUAUGAUGAUCGUCUUUCUCAAGCGUUAAUGGUCUGGUUCUCACCAAUAUUAUCCAUAAUACUCAAAACUAAAAUGCAACUCAAUUAUUGCACACACUCGGUGGUGACAUAUCGUUUAAAUGUCUGAAUAUCCCCAAAAGGAAAUGUAAAAUCAAUAAUUCAAAGGUUGGAGAAGUGAUAAGCUCUUCCAAACGUUAUAUCCAAUUUUGCAUAAAGACGAAUUCACCAAUUUAAUUGUUGAGUGGAACCAUGUAAAGUGGUAAAUGCAACAUUUAGAAAAUAUUGUCACUCCUUUAACCUUUCCAUUGUUGAUUUAACAUUUCAUUUUUCUCGAGUGUACAGACAUUCUUGCGUUUUGUUUUUAAAUCAAAGAUACAUUCGUCAUUAAAUAUUGUUGAAUUAUUUACAUUUACCCUUCAAAAAUAAUAAUUAUUUUACAAUCAGAAAACCCAUUAAUCGUUACCACGGCAGUUUCCCCUAAAAACCUUACACCAUCCGCACAAUGUGGCGCAAUGCACAAGCAAUUAAUCACGCACACGUAUGUAUCUGAAGGUGAAAAACCGCAGUCGAUAUGGGAUAAAAAAUUAGUUAUUUCCCACCUUUUAUCAUGUUAAUCUUAACUUAAACUGUUCACAUCUUCACCAGGGUCCCGUAACACAAAGUUAGCGAUUGAUCGUAUGAUUGAUUUUCACGACUGAUUGUACAUUGUAGUCAAUUUUAUUGAAUCAAUCGUUGAAAAAUGUUCUACGAUCAUUGCUAAGUUUUGUGUUUACGGGCCCAGUUACACAAAUUCAUGUAUGUGUAAACAGUUACAAACAUUUGUGAUUUGUUGAUAGUGAUUAUUUGAAUUAUUAAUAUUAUACGAAAUUGCAAUGAUCUUGAUUGAUCUUUUCCAUUUUGCAAUUGUUCGCAAACCAGUGUCAGAGGGCCAGUUCUUGGAUCAUUGCGAUACAAUUUAACAUGUUUACAAAAGAGGUUCUUGUUCAUAUCAUCUUCACAGUUACACCAACAAGACCGUGUACAGACCGUCAGAGCUAUUACAUUAUUCGAUUGGCAUAAUAAUCGGUCGGUUUGGAGUUAGUUUCGUCGGUGUGACUAUAGCAUAUAACACAUGGGGCAUUCGUCGUUUGGACAGAGCAUGCACAAUAAAGAGUAUUGUUUAAGAAAAA